UGGUGCAACACCACAAGCAGGAGCUUUCUGUCUCCAGGUUUCUCUCUCCAUGCUCCUUCCUCCUGCACUCCUGGUCCCCUGAAGAUGCCCAGCAGAGGAGCCCAUCCUGUGGGGACACUCCUGGUGCUGCUGCAGCUGCCAUUUGUCCCGUGCCCAGUGGCAGGCUGCCUCCUGGAUCCCUGCUUGGAGGUCACCCCUAACACAACCUUCAGAUGCACUGGACUGAACAUCUCUGGAGUUCCUGAUGGAGUCCCAAACACCACCCAGAACCUGGACCUCAGUUUCAGCAACCUGAAAUCACUGGAGUCAAAUUAUUUUGCAUCAGUCCCUGAGCUGCAGCUUCUGGAUCUCUCAAGGUGUCACCUCCACACAAUAGAAGAUAACUCCUUUAUGGAUCUCCAUAGACUUUCCACCUUGAUUUUAACUGCCAAUUCCCUCCAGCACCUGGGGAAAGCAGCUUUCUAUGGCUUAACAUCUCUGAAAAAACUGGUUCUGGUGGAAACCAACAGAACCUCUCUGUCUGAGCUGCCCAUUGCACACUUGCACACUCUGCAGGAGCUGAAUUUAGGCCACAACAGCAUUACUUCAUUGAAGCUUCCUGAGUAUUUCACCAACAUGACCUCCCUCAGGCACCUGAGCUUCUUCUCUAACAAGAUCACAUCAAUCUCCAGAGGAGACCUUGAUGCCCUGAGGGAAGGGAACAGGCUCAACCUGACUCUGGUGCUUUCCUUGAACAAUAUAAAAUCCAUAGAGCCGGGGGCCUUUGUGGGGAUUCACCUCGCUGAGCUGGCCCUCAGGUCCGCUUUUGAGAACUUCAUGAUGCAAACUUCUCUGCAAGGCCUGGCUGGUUUGCAGGUCAGCAGACUCAUAGUUGGGGAGUUCAGGGACAGUAAGAACCUGCAGGACUUCAAGAGGGGGCUCUUGACUGGACUGUGCCAGGUACAGAUGGAAGAGUUUGUCUUAAUCUGCUUCAGGGAGUUUGAGGAUGACACAGACACUCUCUUUAACUGCAUAGGCAACGUCUCCACUGUUCGCUUGGUGGACCUCGGACUUGAGGAGAUAUCACAGGUUCCUGCGAGGUCUAAAGUGAAACAGCUGGAAUGCAAAAAAUGCAGUUUUGAGGAUGUGCCUGCCCUGAAGCUGUCGCUUUUCAAGGAGCUGAGAGUGCUCCGUAUUACCAAGAACAAAAGACUCAAAAACUUCAGUCAGAAUUUUGAGGGUCUCACUAACCUGGAGGUUAUAGAUUUGAGUGAGAACAGACUCACCUUCAGCAGUUGCUGCUCCCCUCAGUUUCAAAAUUGUCCAAAUUUGAAACACUUGAACUUAAGCUUCAAUUCUAAUAUCAGAUUGACUGGAGAUUUCACUAAUGUGAAGAAUUUGUUAUAUUUGGACCUUCAGCACACAACUUUAUUUGGUCCUGGCUCCUACCCUGUCUUUCUGUCCCUUCAGAAACUGAUUUACCUUGAUAUUUCCCAUACCAAAACCGAAGUUAAAUCCCAGUGCACAUUUUGUGGCUUGAACUCUUUGCAAGUGCUCAAGAUGGCAGGAAACUCCUUUGAGGGCAAUAAGCUGGCAGGCAACUUCAAAAACCUAAGUCACCUCCACACCUUGGAUAUUUCAAGCUGCAAAUUAGAACAUGUGGAUCAAAGUACUUUUGAUGCCCUCUCUGAGCUAAAGGAGCUAAACAUCAGUAACAAUAAGCUCCUGACCUUCGAUCCUGGAGUCUACCAGCCCCUCCGAGCCCUCAGAGUCCUGGAUUUCAGCAGGAACCAGCUGACUGUUCUGCUGCACUCAGCCUGGGAAAUCCUGCCUGACAGCCUGGUCCUGUUGGAUAUCUCUCAAAACCUGUUUGACUGCUCCUGUGUGUACCUGGACUUCCUGACAUGGAUCAAGGAGAAGCAGGAGCUGCUGCAGAACAAGGAGCUGAUGCUGUGCCACACUCCCUCGUACACGGUGAACGUGAGCCUGCCAAGCUUUGACCUGUCCUCCUGCCACGUCAGCGCAGGCAAGGUUGCCUCCUCAGUGGUUGUGCUGCUCUGUGUGGUGGUUUUCCUUUUCCUGAUUUACAAGUACUACUUCCAGCUCUACUACUCCGUGGUGCUGCUCAGUGGGUGCAAACACUCCGCGGAAAGAGGUGACACCUACGAUGCCUUUGUCAUCCACUCCAGCAAAGACCAGGAAUGGGUGAUAAAGGAGCUGGUGGAACCCUUGGAAGGGGGAGCACCUCCCUUCCGCCUGUGUCUGUACUACAGGGACUUCCUGCCAGGGGUACCUGUUGUCACCAAUAUCAUCCAGGAGGGGUUUCUCAGUAGCAGGAAUGUCAUCGCCGUCAUCUCCGCCAACUUCCUGGAGAGCAAGUGGUGCAGCUUUGAGUUUGAUAUUGCCCAGUCCUGGCAGCUGGUGGAGGGAAAGACUGGGAUCAUCAUGAUUGUGCUGGAAAAUGUGGAUAAGGCCCUGCUGAGGCAGAGGCUGGGGCUGUCCCGGUACCUGAGGAGGAACACCUACCUGGAGUGGAAAGACAAGGAAAUAAGCAAGCACAUCUUCUGCAGGCAGCUGACAGGGGUGCUGCUGGAAGGCAAAAAAUGGAAUCAUGAGGAGGUAAAACUCAUGUGAAGAGAAAGAAAGGUUCUUCCUCCCCUGUCUGCCAUGCUGGCCUGGGCUGCUGGAUGGUGCUCAGAAGUUCUUCUGUUGCUGUUCAGAGUCAGAGGGAGUGGAUGGAAGCACUACAGACAUUCCUGCCUUGCUGGUCACCUUUUCUCAAGGAAACUUGCAAGAUAAGGAGUGAGGAGGGCAGAAGAAUUUCCUGAGCUCUGUGUUUGCCCAUGGCUGUCACCCACAGGUGAACCAGCAAUACCUCAGGUUUGGUGGCUGUAGGAACAGGCCAGUGCAAUUACUGUCAUCUGGCUGCUUCUGAAGCUGGAUUUGGGUCCUGAGACCAUUUACCCAGAGCACCUUCACAGUCUGUUGCUUUGAGUGGAGCCCAGACUCUCAAAGGUGAAGACACAGGAUUUUCAGCUCUAAAAACUUUAUCAAACAGAAACGAGGUUUGGAUUCCGAAAGUCUUGUGCCUGCCUCUGUGGGCACCAUGACUCAGGGGACAAACCCUCCAGAGAGCAAUGGGACAUCCUACAGCCCACCUGGCAGCUGCUCAGGGAACCUGAGUGGUUUUGUCAUCAGGGAGAGAGGUUUCUGUGGCUGGGAAAUUUGCCCAACAUGUUUCUUUCAGUUUUAUUUAGACUAAGACCAAAUAUUGAAACCUUCACCUGAAAAUCUUACUUAUAUCCAUGUUUUUUAGCAUUUGAGAGGACAUUUUGGAGUUUUCUUGGGGGAACAAGACAUGUGUAACACCUUUAAACUGAAAUAUUUUUUUGCUCCCACUGCUGCUCCUCAUCCAGUGUUUGUGGAUAUGCUCUGGGACUAAUCUAAGCAAGCAAAAUUGAGCCUGAAUGAAGUAUUUUGAUGUUCACACCCAGCAAGUUCUAGAUUAAGCUUUUUCACUCUCUGGAUCAGCCUUAAUUCACUGUUGGAAGGUGCUGCAAGAGCAUCCAGGGUUUGAAAUGGAGUUCAGAUCUGCCUGUCUGCUCAGCCUUCCCCAGGGGUGAGUUUUGCUUUUGUUCCACUGAGAAACACUUCGCAGGGAGUAGAGACAGAGGGGAAAGGUCUGGGUUAGCUGAACUAAGUGUACCCCAGCACUGUCCUGAAUCAAGGGAAGGGAAGUCUAAAUGCCAUGGAAUCAUAUCAGGGAGCACUCCAUUGACGUGUGGGACGUUGGGUGGUGCAGGAGAAUUUCUCUCUUUCCACCAAAGGCUCUGGUUGGGAUUCAUCACUGAAUUACUCUGGUUUUAAUCUUGCUAAUCCUUCUAUAAUCAGUGGUGUUCUGCAGAAGCAACUGAGUGGUGAAUCAGAUCUGAUAUUUAUCUGCUCACUUUUCUAAGCACCAGACAGGGGCAUUUCCAUGGAAGCAGGAUUGGGGAUCAACAUCAGACAUUACUGGGUAGAGAGGGAGAGCCAGGCCUUGUGCUGGCAAAAGCUGAAUCACAGCUCCCUCUCUGUGUGCUGUGUCAGACAACACUAUCAAACCCCCCCACAGCCCUCCCUAAGCUUUUUGUGUGACCCAGGAGAUGAAGAUUUAAAGAACUAAGCUUGGUGCUGCGUUCCUCUGCUCAAGACAGUUUGUUCUGCAUCUGAUGAAUACUAUGCCAGCAAUUCCCAAAAUGAAGUUCUCCUCACCUCUGCUGGGAUUGAUGGGUCCUGCAGACCUUCCUCCUCAGCCUUUCAACCCCACCUUCCUCCUCCUCCAGACACAGAGGCUGCUGGAGAUGGUGGGGACAGUGAACCAGCCACAGCUCGAGGUCCCCUGGACUGAGGCCAAAGGAAAGCACAGAGGACAAAGCAAACAUUAGCUUGAAUUUCAGCAGCUCCAAGUUAAAUUGAGAAACAAAAGAGGAAAAAUUAAAUAGAGUGGGAGUUCCUGCUCCUGAAUUGAGCAGCAGUGAAGCCACAUUUGUCCUUCACUCUUUCUCUCUGUGGCUCCUCUGCAAACAAUUCAGUGGAUGUGUAUUUCUGGCACAAAGCACAGAGUCCUGUGAUUCUUGAUUGUAAUUAUAACAAUGAGUUUCAGAAAGCCUGUGAGUGGUUCUGGGCAUUUAUAAAAGGGAUUUAGGACAAUAUUGUUUAAAAAGUCAGUGUUUUUUUGAAUAUCAAAGCAACUUUAGGAGAGCAGGAGUGAUGCUGAGACGAGGCUCCCACCAGCACAAUUUUAAAAGACACUGGUCACUUGUUUUUCUCUUCCUAUUCAGAGUCUCCACAGCAGACAAGAAUGUGUGAGUUGCCCCUGGCUGCCUUAUUGUCCAAGGAAAAGCCACAAAAACAUUCAUAACUUCAGCUGAUCCUCUGUGAUCUCUUCCAGCCUGACUCACUCUGUAAUUCUGUGGCUUGCCCAGGCAGUGCUGAGGUUUAUGAGUCCAGGAUGGACAAGACUGUGUGAACAGUUAUAUUUUCACCAUUUACCCAGCAGAGAUACAGUAGAUCUUUCUUUGGAAGACUCAAAGCAGCUUUCCCCAAUGCUAAACACAGGGGAAUAUUGUGGUUCCCACAGAAUCACAUGUUCUCAUUUGCCUUCAUUGCAGGGAGCAAAUGUCCAAAGGAAAACUCAAGGUUCUCACGUUUCCAAAGCUGCUGGAUGUGCUGCUUGAAACUGCCCACUCUGCAGCAAGUGGCUUUGAUAGGAUUUACUCAGUGAAUGAAAAAGUGAGCAGCCAAGCAAACACCCCUGCAGGUCUGCAUUCAUCUCUCAUGUAAAUAUCUGAAAAUAUUCCAGUUAUUAAAGCAUCUCUUUUGCCCAGGUCAAAAAAAAAAGAAAUGGAGACAAAGCUCCAAAGGGCUGUUGCAUCCAAGCUAUUCCAUCUGCAAUGGACAUGCCCUGAUUUCACUCUGAUCUUCAUUUCACCCAUGCAAAAUGCCAGGACAGAUGCAGCUCUGGGCUUCCUUGCCUUGUGGAGGGUUCUGUGUGAGGGGCAGGACAUCCUGAUGUGCUGGCACUGUCACCAAGCCGUGCUUUGCUCAGCUCAGCUCCCUCAUUAGUGGGAUUGCCUUGGUGUUCCCCACCCUGCAGCAGCUGUAACAGCUGGAAUCCAGAGCCAUGUGCAGUCCUUCCCACCUGGAUCUGGCUGGCUGCAGGAGCAGCGCUGCCAGAACGCUCCCCUGGCCCCCCUGAGCAGGAGCACAGAUUUCCAGAGUCACUUCAAAACCCAGCAGAACGAGGAAAAGCAGCUGGUUUCCCUGGUCCGACUGGUACUUGACAGGAACAGGUUGAAAGUUCUCAGGGAGAGCGUUUGUCCUUUGGGAAAUGCUAUUUUGUAUGUGGUUUAUGCAAUUUAAUGAGGUAGCAUGGUGAAUCUAUGGAAUGGGAAUUGUCACAGCAGAGUUUCUGGUUUACUGGUGCAUAUAAUUUUGGAAUAGAUAUUUUUCAUGGAAAGAGUGAUAUAAAAAAAUGCUUUGGAGGGGCUGAAAAAGGGAUUUAUAAUAAAAGUUAAAUCACUCCACAAUGUCAUUUUAAAAAAUGUCUGCUUAGGCUUA